UGGUGUACAUUGAUAAUAGAAUCUAUCUUGUUACCGGCGUGGUUGCAGAAGCUUGAUCAUGGCGACUCCUUUGGCUUUGUCCGUGUUGCUGCUUGCAGGCAUUGCAGUGGCGAAUGGCGGUCGUAUCGUGGGGGGUCAACCGGCGCCCAUAGAAAGAUAUCCCUCCAUCGUGCAGGUAGACGCGCUGAACGUGUUCACGGGCACCUGGUCGCAGUCAUGCGGCGCCAACAUCCUCACCUCCAGACACGUCCUGUCUGCCGCACAUUGUUUUGAUGGGUCCCUCUACGAGCCUUCCCGCCGUCGUAUCAGGGCUGGCACCGCCGACAGGAACUUCGGUGGAUCCAUUGUGUACGUCGAGCGGGAGUUCAAUCACCCCAGCUACGGCCAACUGGGUUUGGACGGCGACAUCUGCGUGGUGCGCCUGUUGACAGCGCUGGUCUUCUCGCCUGUCAUCCAGCAAGGCACUAUCGUCGCUCAAGGCACUCAAGUGCCCGACAAUAUGCCGGUCGUCCACGCCGGAUGGGGCGCCACUUCGCAAGGAGGUCCCGCAUCAAGCAUACUUCUGGACACGACUAUCUACACCGUGAACAACGACCUCUGCCGGGAGCGGUACUUAAACAGUCCACGACAGGACAUUGUCACGCCGAAUAUGAUCUGUGCUGGUCUCCUAGACAUUGGAGGCCGUGAUGCUUGCCAAGGAGACUCCGGAGGUCCUCUGUACUUUGGGGAGAUUAUUGUCGGAGUUGUCUCUUGGGGCGAGGGCUGCGCCAAUGCCACCUUCCCCGGUGUUAGCACCGCUGUCUCCUCUUACACUGACUGGAUUAUUGCCACCGCCGUUUAAUAUAAAUAUGAAAGAUUUGAGUUGUUACUUUUAGUUA